GAACUGAGGAAGCAGAAGAAGAGAAGAAGCAAAAAAAAAAAUUUACAGAGAUAACACAAAGAGAGAGAGAGAGAAGACAGAGAGUGAUGGAAACAGCUGUAUUUAUGAGGCGAAACAAGAACCUCUGGGGUUCUACAUAAACUCACUCUUUCUUUCUCCUUUCCACUCACUUAAAAUCGGACACUUUUGAGCCAACAAAAGAAAAAGAGGGCUUUCUCUUAUCUUUUCCUUCUUCCAAUUUCUGGGUUUUGGCCAAGUUUUUGAAUUUUUGGAGCUAAUGGAUUUGAUGCAAAUGGAUAAGCGUUUGGAUUCGACGGAGCAAGUAGUUGAAGAAAUCAUGAGAAUUCACAGAUCUCUGCCACCGAGACCAGGAAUCGACGAGGUUGAAGCUGCGAGGUCUCUGAUACUGAACGUGGAGAAGGAAGAUCAAGCUUGCUUAGAAGCCAUUGCUAGGCAGAGAAAAAGCUCCGAGGUUCCUGGUGAGCUUUUCACGGUGUUGCAGGAAAUGAAGAAAGGUCUUGUUCAGUUUCGCAGCAAAGAACAGAAAAGAGAAGCUACGAAACUUCUCGAUCUGGAAAGUGUUCACACUUUGUUCGACGAUUUCAUUCAGAGAGCUUCUGAUUGCAUUGCUAACCCGUCUUCUUCUACCUCCAACGGCUCUGUUCCGUCUCGUCCUCCGCCGGCUCCGGCGACACGCUCCGAUUCUCCGUCAAGCUUGUAUUAUUCCGAGAAAUCGCCUGUUCGCCCAAAGGAAAUGGUUUCACGAGACGACAGCUUCGUUACGAAAGCUAAGCCUUCUCUCUACAACGAUGGUUUCGUAGCUCCUCGAAGUCCCCAGAUUGUGGAUUCAAAACUUACCACCGGGAAAUUCGCCGGCAAUGAUGGAGAGAAGCUGAGUUUGAUUAAACUUGCUAGUUUGAUUGAGGUAUCUGCCAAGAAAGCUACUCAGGAGCUGAUUCUGCAGAACAAGCUAACGGAACAAGUCGAGUGGCUUCCAGAUUCUAUUGGCAAACUAUCGAGUCUAAAUUCGCUUGAUUUGUCUGAGAAUCAUAUUGUGGUAUUGCCAAACACCAUAGGUGGGCUUUCUUCCUUGACAAAGCUCGACUUGCGUUCCAACAGAAUCGGUCAGCUCCCUGAGUCUAUCGGUGAAUUGUUGAACUUGGUUUACCUCGAUCUUAGUGGGAACCAGUUAUCGUCUCUGCCUUCAGCGUUUAGCAGAUUGCUGCGGCUCGAGGAGCUUGAUUUGAGCUGCAACAACCUCCCUGUCCUCCCUGAAUCCAUCGGUUCUCUUGUGAGUCUAAAGAAGCUCGCCGUUGAGACAAAUGACAUCGAAGAGAUCCCACAUUCAAUCGGUGGGUGUUCUUCCCUGAGAGAAAUCCGUGCAGAUUAUAACAAACUCAAGGCUCUUCCUGAAGCUAUUGGGAAGAUAACUACGUUAGAGAUCUUGUCCGUGCGUUACAAUAACAUCAGGCAGUUACCCACGACGAUGUCUUCUUUAGCUAACCUCAAAGAGUUGGAUGUGAGUUUCAAUGAGCUCGAGUCUGUCCCAGAGAGCUUAUGUUUUGCCACGUCGCUCGUGAAGCUGAAUGUCGGGAACAAUUUCGCUGACAUGAUAUCACUCCCGAGAUCAAUAGGCAACCUUGAGAUGCUUGAAGAGCUUGAUAUAAGCAAUAACCAGAUCCGUGUUCUUCCAGACUCGUUCAAAAUGCUUACAAAGUUGCGUGUUUUUCGAGCUCAGGAGAAUCCACUACAAGUUCCUCCUCGGGAUAUAGCCGAAAAGGGCCCUCAGGCCGUUGUUCAAUACAUGAAUGAUCUGGUGGAGACGAGAAACGCGAAAUCUCUAAUGGUUAAGCCUAAGAAGAGCUGGGUCCAGAUGUGCUUCUUCUCCAAGUCCAACAAGAGAAAACAGAGCAGCAUGGAGAUUGUCUAACUCUGCUGAUAAUGUCUCUGACCCGUUUUCAGGGUAAUUCUGUUAAUGCUGUUGACACCACAAGUAAGAGAAAAAUGCAGCUAUCUUCACACGACAAUGCUAAGAGGGAGAGAGAGGCAUUGCAAGUCAGUAGUGUAGAGGUUUCACUAUUCAUUCUUUGUAUGUUUGUUUCUCUCUUCACUAUUCACAUGUAUCAAUGUGUACACCAUUGUUUCAUU